AUGGCAGGAACCGGUCUGGGGGCCCGCUUAUACCGACAGGUCAAGAGACAUCCGGGGCUCAUUCCGAUGAUCGGCUUCAUUGGCUUGGGCAUGGGCAGUGCCGCGCUCUACUUGCUGCGACUCGCCCUGCGCAGCCCUGAUGUCUGCUGGGACCGAAAGAACAACCCGGAGCCCUGGAAUCGCCUAAGUCCCAAUGACCAAUAUAAGUUCCUUGCUGUUUCCACCGACUAUAAGAAGCUGAAGAAGGACCGACCGGAUUUCUGAACUGGACCGAGGUGCACGUUCGAUGCAAACCCCAGUCAGCCUACUAGCUAUCCAGCCCCUGCUUGCACAGUCUGGGGUUCCCACGCAGGGGGGGACUGGCUCCACUUUUAUCCUUGUCCCUUGUUCCCAGCAGCGGAAACGCCUCUGACCCUCAGCUUGAGUCCCUGGGGGAGGGAGGGAGGCAAUUAGGGCAGCAGCAACCCAGUCCACUCCAAGCCUGCUCCAGCCCCCCUUUACCGGGCGUGGCAAGGCUACGUGUUGCGCGUGGCCUACGUGAGCCAAGAGCAAGCAGAGGCCUGAGUGCCAAGCGACGUGGCGGGUCCCAGGCUAACUCAGGUUGGCGCUGCCCUGGCUCGACUGGGCUAGCAGUGGGCUGUUCCGCCUGCUCUGAGGACCUCACCCAAGAGAGCACAGCGGGAUUCCAACCCGGCCCCCCUCCCGCCCAGCACCUGGG